UAAUGGAAGGAAUAGAGCACAAGACAGUGAGUGCCAUUGGGAUCAACAUCCACAUAGCAGAAAAGGGUGAAGGUCCAUUGGUUUUAUUCCUCCAUGGCUUUCCUGAGCUCUGGUACUCCUGGCGUCACCAGAUUUUGUAUUUGGCGGAUCAUGGUUACCGAGCCGUGGCACCCGACCUUCGUGGGUAUGGUGAGACAACGGGUGUACCGGUGAACGACCACACCAAGUUCACCAUCCACCAUCUGGUGGGUGACUUGAUUGGGCUUCUUGAUGCCAUCACAAACCAAGGUGAAAAGGUGUUCGUUGUGGGUCAUGACUGGGGCGCAUAUAUUGCUUGGUACUUGUGUAUGUUUAGACCUGAACGAGUCAAAGCCUUGGUGAACCUGAGUGUGCCAUUUAUUCCGUGGAACCCCAACGGAGACCUGGUCAAGAUGUUGAGAAUCGCAUACGGGGAGGAUCACUAUAUGACCAGGUUUCAGGAACCCGGAGAAAUUGAAGCCGAGUUUGCAAGAUUGGGUACUCAACAAGUUGUUAAAAAGUUCUUGACGUUCCGGGAUCCUGAACCUUUUUAUUUUCCGAAAGGUAAAGGAUUUCGACAUUCACCUGGUGAUGCUCCCGUCACCUUGCCACCGUGGUUGUCGGAACAAGACGUUGAAUACUUCACCACCCAACUCAACAAGACUACUUUUUCCGGUGGAAUCAACUACUAUCGUGCUUUGAAUUUGAACUGGGAAUUGACUGCAGCAUGGAGUGGUGCAAAAGUGAUGGUGCCAUCGAAAUUCAUCAUCGGGGAUCUAGACCUGACCUAUCAUAUGCCGGGUAUAAAGGAAUACAUACAUAAUGGUGGGUUUCGGAAAGAUGUUCCAUUACUGGAGGAGGUCGUUGUGAUGGAAGGUGUUGCCCAUUUCAUCAACCAAGAGAAGCCUGAUGAGAUCAACAACUACAUAUUGCAGUUUCUAAAUAAAUUCUGAUAAAUUCCCAACUAAUUAACAUAUGUAGAUAGCUAGAUAUACAUAUGAAGAUAUAGAAUUUGCAUGUGGGUAUUUGAUGUCAUUUGAGUGUUUGUUCAUCAUCCUGUGGUCAUUAUACAUGUACUCAGUUACCAUGAUCAUGGAGUUUGUUGUUUGUGAGUAACAUGCUUCGACACUCGUUCUAAUCUUAACAUAACUGGAUGACCAAACGGUUGUCGGGUAUGUCAUUUAUCACAUAAUAGUGCUAACAUAGAUACCAUGGGAUCUGCCAUUCUUGUAUGACUAGAAUGAUGUAUUUAGCUCCUUUGAUAUAAAUGAUAUAAGAAAUAGACACAUGCUUAC